GAACUGCAGCAAAGCUCACAUCAAAGGCAGUGGUUUGCCGAAAUGAGAGCAUCCAAGCACACAGGACAUUCUUCAUCAGCUGGGGCUGGUUCAAUAACCAGAAUCAUCUUAAAUUUAAACUGAUUCAUUUUGAGACCGUUAAUCUGUAGAAAUGUUUGCUGUGUAGGACCUGGGUCUUAAUAGUAUUUGGCUUUAGACGCGAGAUCCUUUCAUUAUUGUUGAGAAAGAAGCAGAGAACACAUUCUUAGUGUGCUGUAAUUGACAUGGCUAUAUUUUUCUCAUUUGCACAAUAGUGAGAAGUGGGGCUUCAAGAAUCUUCCCGCUCUUAGCCUAACUAAUAAUUUGUAAUUAAUUUCAAGCCUUUUGCCGAUACGGCGGCAUUUUAGGAGUGAAAAGACUACCUCACUUGCUUUGCAAUCACUGUGUAUCUGUUAAAACCUUGUCGUGGUGUGUUAUGUUCGAUUGGAAAACGCAGUUUUUAUCGCGUUUUAAUGUGUUCUUAACUGUUUUGUUUCUGUGUGUUAUACAAAUAUGCAUUGCGCAAUUGAAGAAUUUCCAAAUAUCCGCCUCAUCGAACACUUUAGGCUGCUGGAACCGCUUCAACAGUCUGUCUCUUAAUGAGUACAAUGCGCUGUUUCUGGUAACUGUUUGGCUAUAAUGCAGUGCAUGUUUAAACGAAAAAGGACAUUAUUUCUAUUCUUUACUUCGGAAGACGGGUAAGAAAAAUGAAAAUCGAUUGAAAACACUUCGUGUCGCAUAUGUUUUCUUCAAGUAGCCUAAGAAAUGCAUGAGACAAAGCAAAUUCGACUCAAUUCUGGAUUUCUUGUAAAAUUAUACUAAGAAAAAACGUUCAUAAACGUAAUGGGAGCCCCACCCCCGGUGGAAUAGUCUCAAAUCCCGCACACAUAAGCGCGUUUAUUUCCAGCUUCAGUUUUUGGAUCCUGGGGGCAAUAAUUGCAGUGUGGAUUUCGUUUAAGAGGAUGUGUGGUCUUGGAUCAGAUUUGGGUAAGGUACAAUGCAACCAAUUUAAUUACCUGCGAUUAUUUAGCCGUCAGCAACUGUUAACCAGCGGGGCGCCAUGGACAAGUAGAACAAUAACUUAUUGUUGCCUAUAUCGUGAUGUAAUAGUGCGGACCAAAUGUGGUAGGCUACUCGUUAUUUUUCCCAUAUAACCUACUGUGCUAAGCACUCAAAUGACCAGCAGCAGUCCUAAUGUGGUUAUAUUUCAAUAUCUGUAUCAUAGCGCAAUUUGAACACAGUUUUUGGAUUGUGGGGGUUGGAGGUGACGCGGGAUGAUACCUUGUGCAGGUUCAUAUUAGAGUUCAUAUCAGUGCAUCAACAUACAUAAUGUUGAAAAUUGUGUGGAGACAUCAAUAACCGCGCGAAGACUACCCGAACUCGAAUAGUGUCUUUCGCCUUAGGUGCUGUUCAUCUAGACUUGGGCAGGAUUCGUUACUGCGAGGAUAGGUAAGAAGCAAUUAUUCACAUCCUGCAGCAGUUUCAUUUCAACACAGCUGUGGUGCCAUAGCAACAACAGCCAAGGAUCAUAACAUCGGUAACUUCAGCGAAAUCCCCAUCACUCCUGCCUGGCAGCACACAACUCGCCAUCUCAAACUCUAUGCGCAGCUUGAAGACAAACUCCGGGGAGCCAGCGCGAACGCGCCAACUAAAAGGAAAUGUAUUCGUAAGAAACGCAGGUAAUACUGGAACACUCAAUGGAAACUACAAUAUGGUGUUUAUGCUCUUGACUGGAGAAGUAUUUUUUUCAAGUGGACUUUCAUGGAGUACCAUGCAGUGCAAUUUUCGUCACGCGACAUACCCGUCGCUGAAGAGAAACUUUAAAUAUCUUUAAAUAAAACGCAGAAUGGCUCAUGCUUUCUUACAUGGUGGACAUUUUCAUGUAUUACUUGGUAAGUUAAACUGGUCAGUUUAUUAUCUAAAUACGUAUUUAAAGUAGAGAAAUACUACGGAAACGAACCCUUCCGUAGCCUACAUCGUUUUCCACGACGGGCAAAACUGCAAAUUACCUCAGAUGGGCUAAAGUAUCACCAUACUUUAUUUCACAUGGAUUUCCCCCUGUAGUCUAACAAACGGAUGAGUGACUGCCCUGCUGUCCAAUCCUGAUCAUGAUAGCCACUGGUGGCCUGCUGCGGAUUUCUGCUAGGCGACAAGACUCGCUCAGGGCAAAGAAUCGAGCGGAGAACAAGCGAAAGAGGAAAGCGAAGAAGAAGAGGAAGAAUGAUGUGGUUGUGGUCAAAGGCAAACUCAAGCUGUGCUCCAUUUCAGGGCUAGUCGCGGCAGUAGGGAUCCUUGUGCUCCUGGUGGGAAUAGCCAUGGCCGUGCUGGGAUACUGGCCAAAGGACAGCCCCAUUUACCCAGCUCGUCAGGUGGCCAAGCCUAAAGCUGCAAGGACCUAUGGCAAAAUACUGCCUGUAUUUGCUAACUGGACAAGCAAUAACCAGAAUGUGCAACCUAUGGAUGAAAGCGUAAUUAACUUUAAUCAUACCAAUGGCACCUUGACUACUGAUGCUCCCCCAACCCUUGGUUUCUUUGCAGAGUUCCUUGACCAGCACAUGUAUUCAGAUAAGCUGAAGGUGUUUGGCCCUCUGAUUAUGGGUAUUGGAAUUUUUCUUUUCAUUUGUGCCAAUGCAGUGUUGCACGAAAACAGAGAUAAAAAGACCAAAAUCAUCAACCUUAGGGACAUCUAUUCGACGGUUAUCGACAUCCACAGCUUGCGGACUAAGGACAGUAGCCCACUAAAUGGCUUUGUGAACUACGUGCAGUCGAGGGGCUUAGAGGGCAAGCUGAGUCCCGCCUACAGUGCUGCUGUGCUUGCCAAGAGCUCCUGGCCCUCCACGCUUCCGGGAAAAUUGCAAGAGCAGGGGGCCGACGACCAAACGAAGCAGCAGUCCUUUUUGAAGCGACACAGCUUAUCACCAGAAAGGCAGACUUUCACUGACACAGUCUACAGCAUAUACAGGGAGCAGAACAGGAUGACCGAGCAGGUAUCAGAACCCAAACAGUGGGAGACCAGGUCCUUAGUCACCUCUUCCGUUAACGCUUUCACUCUUCCGGUAAUAAAGCUUAAUAACUGUGCAGUGGAGGAAAGAAGGCGAUCUGGGAGAACGGACGCGGAGAGCCUACUCGACUGUAAAGCCAAGGCUGUCGUCUGCAAGGCCCAGGAAGCUCGGCCGAGCUCCAGCGAUCCGGAAACCAAAGCGGAGGCCGCAGGAGCUGCAGGGCUGUCGCACCAGGAUUCGCUGGAUGUUUACAAGAGCAUGGGCAGCCUGCCGGGGUUGCCCCGUGCGUCACCGCAGGGGUCGCAGGUCCAGCUGCUGCCUGCCUCACCCGGUCGGAGGCUGACGGGGUCGCACUUGUCCCUCAGCGCCCUCUCCGACUACUCGAGGUCCAUUGACCUGGGCGUCUGUCCGUCGACAGCCAACGAGAGGCAGCAGGAGAGGCCCCGUCGCCUCAGCUGCCCUCGCCUGGACUGCUCGAACAACAAGGGCUACAUAAAACUGGGGGACCUGGGAGGGGAGUCUUUUGACUCCUCCGAGCUGUUGGCCUCCAGUCGAAAGGUCUCAGCGGAAGCGCUGGCCGAGAGACAGAGUAAGGUAACCACUCCUCACCGGGAGGAUGGAAACUCUGACGAAAUACAGCAAGUGAUAAAAAGGCAAUACUCCAACAAGGAAAAGCUUCUGAUGAUAUCCAGAUCAGACACAACUUUGGACGAUGAGGAAGUAGAAAGCACUGACAUUUGAAGGAACUUUAAAAAGUGUUCAUUUGCACAAGGGUGACAUGCUACAGAUUUGUAAAAGACACUUUAUAAAUCAUUCAAAAAACAGAUCACUUAAAAUUAUAUAGACACAUAGUGUUUAAAUCUCUGAUGAAACUCAUCUCUGAUGAAGCUCCUUUUUGCCAUGAUCAUGCAAUCAAAGGUUGAAAGACAUAAACAUACUAUUUAAAAAAUUAAUGUAUUUUGUCUCAAUUCAAGUUUGUAAAGCAUUUAUAUAUUGAUUUGCAACAUCUAAUGUAGGAUGACCAUCACUAGUUAUUCAUGGUAUUCAAGCAGUUAUAGACGUCAUAACCCAAAGAAUCUCAGAAUGUUGCAGUUAAUGUUUACUGAAGGAGUCAAAGCAAAAACAUGGAGACAAAACACAAAAAUGAUGGUGCACUGUUAAAUUGUGAUAGUGUUUCUCACUAGAUUAAAUAGUGUGUAUUUACAGUAAAUGUGGCUGUUAAACCUAGUUUAAUACCAGUAGUUUAAUAAUUAAGUCAAUCCAAAUAGGAGCUACAGUCUAAACCUGUUAUUUCUUAUGCGUUUUGAAGUAGUUUUCUAUGGCUGGAUGGAUUUGUUUUGUUAGUUUGAAAUCAAACUUAGCAAUACUACAAAGUGUCACUUUCUAACUGCUAAUGAAAACAAAAGAGAGUUUGUAUUUUUCCUCUCACUGCAAGUAUAGCAUUUAUUUCAAUCCUUGAAUUACACAGGUAUGUUGCUGCUUAAUUUGAAUGCUUGGCUUGCUUGUCUAGAAAAUUAUAUAUUUACAGUAUAACCUGCAAGAUUGGCAUGAGUUAAAUUAAACAUUUGACAUACAAGCACGAAUCACUCCUGAGCUUAAUGGAAUGGCUCAGGGUCUUGGUUUAUUCUACCCCUUAGUUUUAAUGAAUAAAUCUAUAGUACUAUACUGAAAUACAUUUAUAAAUGCCAUGGUGGUGUUCUGUGCCAAUUCAGUUCAAAUAUAUUGACAUACUUUGGACCUUGAAGUGCCUACGAUGUGACAAAUGAACUCAAUAGUUGAUGAUACCCAGUAAUACUCAUUCGUUACUAAGCACAAGCACCUUUGAUAUGGGUCACACUUUUUUAUGUUCUUCAAUAUAACAUAAAAUUUGUUAUAGCCAGAAGUUAGCUGUGAUGCAUAAGCAGUGGAAUAUUGGCAUGCUCUAUUUAUUUUACUUUUUAACUUUUGUGAACAUUUUCAGAAAUAAGUCAAUCAAUGAGUGUAAAAAUUAUUUUGCACCCCAAAGACGUUGUAAGCUGCAAAUGAAUGAGCAACUCUGUAAGUUUUGUGUUCAUGAAAUUUACUGUUUCUGAACACAUUGUUCAAAGGGAAAACCAAUGGAAUGUGUGCAGUCAGUUGCACCAAGAACAUGAGAUAAACGAGAAACAUGCACUGUAAAACAUGAAUCCUUUCAAUAUGUUUUUCCUGGAGGGGAAUUAAAUUGACUGCAAACAUUUUUGUUAUUUUUUUUUGUACAUUGAAGAGUGUGUUGAUUGUGGCCCGAGAAAUGGAACAUAUUGAAGUCAUGUUCGCAUCUUGACCGCUGCUGGCAAGGAAUGAGACCUCUGGGUCUCGAGCUCAAGACCUUCGUUUCCUUAAGUAAAGUUUUUGUGUGUAGUAACUGAAUGGUAAAUUUGCCUGUAUCACUAAAAGAAUCGUCUCCUACUGAGCUGGGAAGUGAGUAGUUCUUGUGUGUGGAAAAAAUCCUUACCCAUCACUUCCUGGACAUUUAUCUGCUUGUGGUUAGAGAACAUUUCUUUUCCUUACAUUGGCUAUAAAUGUCACCAUAACCCUAGUAAAUUAACGGAAGGUUUCUUAAUGAUAUAUUUAUUGAGACUGUGUUAGGUGUAUAUAAUCUGCCCAGCAGAUACUCCAUGCAGGUGGGUAGAAUCAAAUUGUUUAGAAAAUGUAGUAACUCAUAACUGAGUAGCGUCCUUCAGCCUGCUAGCACUGAUGACAUCAGAACACAGUGAAAAGAGGUAAUAAUAAUAUGGCCUUUACUUUGAGUCACCUUCUUUUGUGCAUUAAAUUGUAGUGCAUUUAAGGUUUUACCAUAAUGUGAGAUUAAAAUGACUAGAUUACACAUGUAAGCAUUUUAUGUUUCCCCAUGUGAAAUGUCAAUUUAUUGCCUGAAUUCACAACACAAAAUCAAGAUGGAAUCUUCUAACCUCGUGUCAGGUAUUUUGGUCUUACUGUAAGCCACUUGCUAAAAUGAAUUUAUUUGUUGUGCACAUAUAUUGAAAGGGGUAUUCAUAGAGUUGCUUUUUUAACCAUGUCACAGGCACUUUAUCAUUGUAAUUGUUCAAUGAAACUCAUUGUUAUACACUACAGUAUUGUUAAUUGUGAAAAACUGAUCUUUUUAGUCACUUUAACACUAAAACUGAUUCAUGAUAUGGCUGAACUGGCAAAACUAUAUAAAAUCCUGUAAGGCGAAUCCGGUUUGGUAAGGCUGUCCCAGCCUUCAAAGUAUGUUUUUAUGAAUAUGAUUUACGGAAUAUUUCCUUCUAUGUAUGGUCCCUUUUUUCGCUUUCUUAGAAAAUAAAUACAACAGUGGUUCAUUAAA